AGCAGAUCCGGACCGCUCACUUCCGGUCGGUGUUUCCAACACGUGAAAACAUAGACUGCUUAUUUAUUAAUAUUAACGGUCUAUAUGUGAGGGUCGAGAGAUGGCUUCCCCCCCCACUCACGAGCCAACCCUGCUCGGUCUGUGUGACGGAGAGAUCGACUCGAGACGACACGCGACCUCGUUUCUGACCAACAAAGUCGGGGGUCACCCGGACUGGUUGCCGGGCAUCUCGCGGCAGGCCCCCCGCUGUGCUCGCUGCGCGGCCCCGUUGGUCCACGUGGUGCAGGUGUACUGCCCCCUGGAGGCCUCCCCCUACCACAGAAACCUCCACCUGUUCGCGUGCCCGGGGGCCGCGUGCAGCGGCCGGUCCGACUGCUGGACGGUGCUCCGCUCGCAGUGUCCGGAGGACCGGGCACGCAGCCGGCCCGCCCCGGCUCAGGAGGCUCCUCCGGCGGCCACCGAGUGGUGGGACACCGCUGACGACUGGGGGGUGGAGAAGGAGGAGGAGGAGGAGGAGGAGGAUGGAUGGGGGGGAGGAAGAGGAGGGGUGGAGGAGGACAACCAGGGUCAAGAGGAGACAGCAGCCCCUGAAGACAAGGGUGAGGCGUUAUGA